CCAGACGCAGAUCUCGUCGCCGCGCCGGCGCUAGCACCGCCGUUAUCUACCCUGGUGCAAUGCCUUGCCUUGUGGGGCGCGACGGCUUGCACCUUGUCCUCCCUCACCGGACUCAAGCCAUUGCCAAGCGGUGCGUGCAUGCAGUGGGACGACGACGACGAUGGCGACGACAACGACGACGACGCGCGCGUGUGCGUAAUGCUGUUGUUUCGAGGUGAUGGCAUUGGCGAGGGCGUCCGCCCUACCUACCUGCCAAGGCUUCGUGAUCACUCACUCCAGGGUCUGAUGAGCGUGGGGAGACACCCGCCCAUGCGCUGGAAUGGGCUAGGCGCGGGCGAUCGUCUCUGGGAUGUCAGUAUGCACGCAUUGUACGCAUUGCACUGGGCUGCGCAAGCGCACUUGCACGGCAGCAGUGGUGUGUAUGUGUGUGUGCACGGCGUGUGCUGCUGGGAUGCUGUCUUGUCAGUUGCUGUGCGCUGUGAUCGUGGGGGUUGGUGGUGUGGGUACGGAGACGGAAAUGGACGCGGAAAGUUCCUUUUUUCCUGCGUCUGCUACCUACGGACUAUUGUACGCGAUGCGCGCAUGCCUGCCUGCCUGCCGUGCGAGCGGGGAAUUGUUGGCUCCUUUGGAAGCUUGCUUAGGCUUGGCCGGUUUUGGCGGCGGCAUUGUUCCUGCUGCUGAUCUUGUGGGACGGGGCUUGUGCAUGCUUUGUCCGUUGUCAGUUGCGAGCUUCUACGGAUCAUCCGUCACGAAAUUGCUCCUAGGUACGUAUGUGUGUAUGU